AUGCAAAUACAUUGGAAAUUGCCACUGACGAAGGAAUCAAAGGAAGACCUUGAUAGAAGCAUAAUAGACUAUGUUCAAUGGCAAUAUAAUGAACGGGAAAAAGCUACUCCAAGUGUUCUCGAGAAUAAUGGUGAUGACAUAGAUCUUGAUGAAAAAUCUUUGAUAGCAUCUUUGAAAGGUUUAUUCCUCUUGCCUUCUGAUAAUACAGAGAGUACACAUGAGGUCAACCCUUUGUUGCUCCCAAGGAAGUGGAAUUCUAUUGUACGAUUGCAACGACAUAUUAUGACUUUAGAACAAACUUGUCGGGAUUUAACAAAUCAAGUAGAUACAUUACAACAAGAAGCGAAAAAACAUGAUAAUACCAAUACGAUUGAUUCUGAAUCACUUAAUAUCUCAUGGAUACCGAAGACCUUCCCGAAUUAUUCUAUCACGGUGGACACAUCCAUCUCUUCUGUUAAAUUACAUCCUCGAUUACCUAUCAUAUUCAUAGGCACAGAUCAUGGGAAAUUAUACGCAUUUGACAUUUUUAAUCCAUCACUACCCUUAUCAUCCAUACAAGCACAUUUCAAAGGAAUCACUUCAAUCGAUUCCAUACUCUUAAAAUCAGAUAAGGAAGGCUCGGCAAUCAUAUCGACAACUUCCAAAGACUUAUCAAUAAAAUUAUACAAAUGGAUUGUGACGGAAAAUAAAUUUCAAUUACAAAGAUCAUUAAUAAGUCAUGAACAUAUAGUUUCACAAAAUAAAUUAUUCAUUCACGGCAAUGAUAUUCUACUAGCAUCAUGUUCUAGAGACACUACUAUUAAGAUUUGGAAUACUAGCACCGCAUAUUGUAUAAAUUCCAUUCCAGCUCACUUGGAUUGGGUACGAUCCAUUGAUGUGUUCAAUGAAUACGUAUUGUCUGGGUCACAAGAUUCAAGUCUUAGAUUGACUCAUUGGCCCUCAGGGAAUGGGUUAUCCAUAGGGAAAGGUCAUGAUUUCCCCAUAGAGUGUGUUAAAUUUAUUCCAUUUUUAAUCAUGCCACAGAACGAGAAUGAUUCCAAGGAAGAAGAAGACGAUGAUGAUGCUACGAAAGUGACAAUAGCACGGCAACCACCUUCAGAUGGUAUCAAUGCAGAAGAUUACAUGAAACUAGGGUUCAAAUAUUGUGCUAGUGCCUCUAGAGAUAAAUUGAUUAAAAUUUGGGAAAUUCCCACUCCAAGAUUCUUAAUGCAUCGACCUCCUAUACCAAAUGGUAACAACCCUAUCAUGAAAUGUGUUAUGACUUUGAAAGGUCAUUCAUCAUGGGUUAAAGAUUUACAAAUUAGAGGUAAUUAUUUAUUCUCUUGUAGUGACGAUAAGACUAUUAAAUGUUGGUCGCUUGAGAAUGGUGAAUGUGUAAAAACAUGGAAUGAUUCUCAUUCUGGGUUUAUUACUUGUUUAGAAAUGGAUUCUGAUAUUACUGCUUUAAAGGAAACUACGGAAAAUAAAGUGAAUUUACAUAGAGAAAUUAUGGUUACAGCCGGCCUUGAUUCAAAAUGUAAUAUUUAUAUACGAUAG